UUUCAUGAUGUCGUCGUUUCCAAUCUGGAUCAAAGCUAUCGCCAUUUGCUAUUGUGCUAUCGCAAUCUCGACGGCGAAUCCUAUAGAUCCGAAAUUAAAUAAUGACUGGGCGGCUUACAAAUUGAUAGGACAAAAAGAAUACGAAGACAGCACAUAUGAGAGUGUAAAGUCUGACCUGAAGGUGGUUAGAGAUUUUUUGAAGAAGAAUUUAGAAGAAAGAAUUAAAGUACAAAAAUUGUUUCACCCAGAUCUUGACAAUUUUACUACCAAAGAAAUUAUAGAAUUAUUAGAUCGCAGAUAUCCAGGAUUUUAUCCUUUCUGGACCAGCAGUGGAAUACAAUACAUUGAAAAAUCACUGGCAGAAUGGGACAGAUAUCUGCAAGUAGUUAAAAAAGUCAAUCCUGAACUAUUAAAGAAUAAACUGAUUCGGGCUAAAAAUGCAGCGAUUGAUUCUAUACUUUAUGUGAGACAUUAUCAUAUCAAAAAUAUUAAUGACAAAAUCAAUGCGAUUCAAGGUCUACUCAGUAAAAAGACUUGAUUACUUGCUUUGUUCAUAAUAGGAAAAAUAAAAGGUUUUUUUUAAUUUA